CUGACCGCGUAGCUCAGUUGGCAGAGCAUUGGGCUAGUAUUCCAAAGGUCGUAGGUUCGAUUCCCACCGUGGCCAGGCAUAUUUCUCAGGCUUGCCCGGUGUGGAUACACACUCAGAGUAACAUCACAAACAUAUUCACCUGAGUACACAACACCAACACAGCAAAUUAGAUCAAAUUAGUUCGCAUUUUUCUGCAGGUAAAAAGUGACCAGAAAAAGUUAGAGGGACAGAUUAAGAAGCUUUAUUUAAACGUUUCCAUCGACAAUCGUAAGUAAAGUAUAACAUUUUUUUGUAAAUAAAUAUUACAACCUGGAGGAUUUUAGUAUUCUUAAUUUCGCUUCUGACGAAGGGUACAAUCCGCAGUCAACUCUUAGUCUCUUACAUACCAUUUUCUAGCUUCUGCCAUGCACAAUUUUCGUUUGUAAAAUAUUUAAACCAGCCAACAUCUGUACUUCUUACGCAAAUGUACAUUAUGCGAUUUUAUUACAUUAAAGAUUGACUGUUAUCAUGCAAUGAUAUUAUACUACAGAUAUAACAAGUUGCGUACAUUUGAAAACCCGACAGCCUCGUUUGCGUAACGGAUAUUAUCAAAUUGGAACAUUUUGGGUAAGAGUCGUUUUCAACAAAUCCUUAAAAAAUCUGAAUUCAUAUAAUAUGACGUCAUAAUUGUAAAACGGGAGAAGCAGUGAUUUCCAGUAUAUUACGCUUUAUUGCAUAUAUCCAGCGCUGAGGAUUUAUAUUCUCCGUUAAGCAGUCUCGUACCAGCCUUUGUCGCUUUGGGGCCCUUCUGAGCUGGGGCCCCGGCCCGCGGGGUAAACAUUGAGGAAACUGAACAGGAAACGGUACGUAAGAGGAGGGAUUAGGGAAAAUAUGUCCGGAAAAUUUAACCCUUAACCCCCUCGCUGCCCCAAAUAAUAAUUUUGGUUGUGCUCACAAUAUUUAUAGACGUAUUGUGACAUGGAUAAUAAUGGAUGGUCACUUAUAAGUCGCUUUUCCAACCAUGAUUCGAAGAAUUGGAUACAAAAUGGGGAGUUUUGGCUAGAUAAAUCUUCUUCCUAUGGUAAUCCAAAGAGUCCAUCCGACAACAGGGAUAUGAUUUCUGAAGCAUUCUGGAAAGUGAAAGGAAACGAAUUCAAGAUAACACGAAGUGAUGAUUCCAGUCACACAGCUCUACUACAGACAACUUCCAACUGUCUUCAAGGCAGAACAUUCAGAUCUAAGAUCACAAGUUAUGGAAACUUUCGUAACCGCGCAGUCUGGGCAAGUGACCAGUGUCGUGGACGUUGUUCAGUUAGUUAUGGCGGGCGGUACAAAACUACAGCAGGUUUUGAAAAGCACAGUUGUAGCAGUAACAUUCAGAGCAGUAACUACAUUGGGUUUUGGUGUGAUUGGUCUGCUGGUGAUGGUGCAGUGAUGAUGAUUGGUGGAGGAGGAAGUGGUUGUAACAGAGCCGAUCAUGGCAUUGGAAUAACAGAGGAAAAUGCGGCAAAGUUUGGUAAUGGUGGUGGAACACCGUAUUAUGAUUUUGGUUAUGAAGCAGGCAAUACUCCUACCUCAGCGUAUUCGCUUAACCUGUGGGUUCGUUGAGACUCAUUUACAAUUUUGACGUUACGACUACAGCAACCUAGAAAUAAAUGCUCUAUAUACAAUACGUAGAAUGAGGUAUAGACUGAUGUAAUAGUUUAAAUACAUUAGUAAGUAAGCUGGAGACUUCACGACAUUUAAUUAGUGCUUGAUAUAAAUCGUCGUCGCAUUUGAUUAGUUGAUGUAAAUCAUAAAUUGAAGCAUAUUAUAUAACUCUCACAAUUUGAUGCAGAAUUAAGUAAUUCGCCACGCCCAUCAAUGAGUAUUUAUUAAAAAUAAGUAAGACACUUUCGGGCUAGAAAAGGAAACACUAUGAAUUGGGGAAAUUUGAAAAUUUCUUCAGCGCGCGCUGUAUAAUUUUUACCCAAAAUUAGACUUUCCGUAAAGUCUGGCUUUCAACUUUUGCUGAGUUUUGGAUUAAAAAGAUACCCCCGACGUGAUCCGAAGAAAAAGCCCUUCGAAAGGAAUGGUCGCAGUGUGGAACUGUCGUGCGGAGGAGUAUCAUACUAGAACAUUACCAAGUGAUUGAGUUCCGUGACAAACAAUGCAAUUCUUCAUAAACCACAGUGUUCGUUUCCUCAGUUAUGCUACACAUAUUAUUUGAAAAGGCCUUAAAAUAAACUAAAAGUAGAUGGGUAUUUUAUAGAUGGAAUAUUCGAACGCAAAUUUAUAUACUGUACAUUUUUAGACUUAACCAGGAGCAGUUGUGGAAAAUGCAACUGUAUAGACCCAAUGGCAGGAAUGGCAUUUGAACGGCUGCGGCUCUGCGAUUCCGCUGCAGCCCUCUAACCAACUGAGUUCCAGAAGUCCAGGAAAUGGCUUUCCAGAGUUCCAUUUUUAAAUUUUCCUGGUGGAGGGGGGGGGGGGG